AUGGCAACUGUAUCUCCAUCCCCAAAUUCACCCCCCUCUGCUACUCCACCACCUUUAAACGGUACACCACCACCAUCCUCUACUAGUUCACCACCACAAGCCUCCUCUCCUCCUCCCACUUCCCCACCUUCACAGCCCAAUGCCAAUCCACCAGACCCAAGAACCCCUCCUGCUCCAUCACCACCACCCCAAACCCCUCCUCCUACUGUUUCUAAUCCUCCUCCUGCCACACCAUCAACCCCUCCACCACAACCACCACCUCCUAUGACAUCACGUUCUCCGCCUUUAUCCAGUAGUGAUCCUCCAUCAAACUCCAAUUCUCCUCCACCACUAUCAGCAACUCCGCCUGUGAGCUCACCUCCACCACCACCACCAUCUAAUCCACCAUCAACUGCACCUCCACCACCACUGUUGAAUCCACCUACAAGUUCCUCUCCACCAUCACCAUCAACAACACCACCUCAAAAUUCUCCACCACCAUCAUCGACACCUCCACCUCAAAGUUCAUCUCCAUCACCGCCUCAAAUCUCAUCUCCACCACCACCAUCAUCACCGCCACCUCAGAGUUCACCUCCACCACCAUCUCUGCCACCUCAGAGUUCACCUCCACCACCAUCAACACCGCCACCUCAGAGUUCACCUCCAUCACAACCCUCAUCUAGGCCACCUCAAAAUUCACCACCACCACCUCCUCCGACCCCCCCACCAGCAUCCUUGCCACCUCCUCGAAGAUCACCUCCACCACCAGCAUCAACUCCACCUGAGAAUUCACCACGUCCACCAAUUUCAAUAGCCCCUCGUCCCAGUAAUGUGCCCCCACCUCCUAGGCUUACUCCUCCAACUUCUCCUCAAGCAACACCUGUCCCAUCAGAUUCCAAUCCACCAGCAUUGUCACCGCCAAAAAUAAGAUUGGCUCCGCCUCCACGCGCACUUGUUUCCCCGCCAUCACCCACGAACAAUACCGCCCCUAAUUCACCUGGAAGUUCAAACUCCACAGGUAAUGGGGGCAUCGGUACUGGAGGUAUGGUGGCUAUUGGUGCAGCAAUAGGAAUUAUAAUGCUCAGCCUUGUUGGACUGGCUCUCUGGUGCAUGAGGAGGCGGCGAAAAGAGAUUUCUGGACUCAAUGGUGUUUAUGUUAUGCCAUCUUCUUUGGGCUCUUCUCCAAGAUCAGGUUCAACUUUCACAAAGACUCAUUCUACGGCUCCCCUAAUUGCAAGUGGUUCUAGCAGUGAUUGUGUUUCUUUGCCAACUGAAUCAAGCGGAUUAGGUAAUUCAAGGCCUUUGUUUGCGUUUGAAGAGCUAGUCAAGGCGACAAAUGGGUUUUCAUCCCAAAACCUUUUGGGAGAAGGUGGAUUUGGUUCUGUAUACAAAGGUUACCUUCCAGAUGGGAGAGAUGUGGCAGUGAAACAGCUAAAAAUUGGUGGAGGGCAAGGUGAGCGAGAAUUUAAAGCUGAAGUUGAGAUUAUUAGUCGCGUACACCACCGCCAUUUGGUUUCUCUUGUGGGCUACUGCAUAUGUGAGACCCGAAGAUUGCUCGUAUAUGAUUAUGUCCCUAACAAUACCCUUUAUUUCCAUCUUCACGGGGUGGGUGGGCUGGCUCUGGAUUGGGCAACACGUGUUAAGAUUGCUGCUGGAGCAGCUCGGGGAAUAGCUUAUCUCCAUGAAGACUGUCAUCCUCGGAUUAUUCACAGGGAUAUUAAGUCGUCAAAUAUUCUCUUAGAUAACAACUAUGAAGCUAAGGUUUCAGACUUUGGGCUUGCCAAAUUAGCUCUUGAUUCAAACACUCAUGUAACAACUCGUGUUAUGGGAACCUUUGGAUACAUGGCCCCUGAAUAUGCAUCAAGCGGCAAAUUAACAGAGAAAUCUGAUGUAUUCUCAUAUGGAGUUGUGCUUUUGGAGCUAAUCACUGGACGGAAGCCUGUGGAUGCAUCCCAGCCCAUGGGAGAGGAGAGUCUUGUUGAAUGGGCUCGACCUUUGCUAAAUCAUGCACUAGAAAAUGAGGAACUUGAAAGUUUGGCAGAUCCAAGGCUUGAAAAGAACUACAUUGAAAGCGAAAUGUUCCGGAUGAUUGAGGCUGCUGCGGCCUGUGUGCGGCAUUCAGCUUCUAAGAGGCCACGGAUGGGACAGGUUGUUAGAGCUUUUGAUACUUUAGCGAUAGCAGAUCUAACCAACGGAAUGAGAGUGGGAGAAAGUGAGCUAUUCAACUCUGCACAACAAUCUGAAGAAAUUAGACUGUUUCGAAGGAUGGCAUUUGGUAGUCAAAAUUACAGUAUAGAUUGUUAUAGCCUGGAUAAUUAAAGAGCACAUGGUAAAUAGUGUUAGAGAUAAAUUCAUCUAUGAACAGUAGGAUUCAUGAAUUUUGAGAUGGAACAUAUACAAGCUCACGAUGUACAGGAUGGUCUCUGAAAUGAACUGUCUCCUGUAGGGAUUGGAUUUCAAGCCCUUGAUACUGGUAGCUAGGUUAUUAUAAUUUUCCCAUGUCACAGGUGCUGUAAUUCUUUCUUCUUGUAAUUAGCGCCUGCAAAUUUUUGUUCUGAACAGUAUUUUUUGUGUUAAUAAAAAUCUCGAUUCAAUUUUGUUCA